UGCACAACUAGAUAUAACUUUCAAUUUCCCUAAUUGCCAGAAAACACAAUAAAGUCGAUUAUAAUUUUAAUUCGUUGCUACAUCACAAUGGAAUUUCCGGAGACUGGUAAACACUGCUCAGUGAAAGACUGCAAAUUGUUGGACUUCUUGCCACUUGUGUGUGAGCAUUGUCAGAUCACUUUCUGUAAAGAGCAUUUCAAUAUGGAAUCGCAUGAGUGUUUGAAAACAGAGAACUCAAAAUCUGUUGUGGAACAAUCGGCAAACUUUCUAUGCUCUAAAGAGUCUUGCAAAGAUGCAUCACCCGUUGAGAUGCCUUGUAUCAAGUGUAAAAAGCAUUUUUGUGUAACACACAGACAUCAUGGAUGCUUGGAGUUGAGUGAAACGGAGAAGAUACAGAAACUAAAGAAGUGGCAGAUACCAAAGAAACAAUUUGCGGAAGCAAAAGCUAUAGUAGAUCAACAGAUUGCGGAUAGUUUGAAGAAAUCUAAAAAUGUAGCAUUGGCAAAUAAAGUACAACUCAUGCGUGUGAAAUGUUCUGCGAUUGGUCCUAAAAAUGUACCAACGAGCGAGAGAAGUUACUUUCUUGUACAUUUGCCGUUGACAGUAAAAAAUAAACAUAUAGGCACUUCGAAAGGGGCUUUUGUCAAUACGAACUGGACGAUUGGCAAGUGCAUAGAUUCAAUAGCGGACACACUUAAAAUUCCCAACAAUAAUAACACAACCACCACAAAUAAGUUAAAACUCUUCCGUCAUUCUACCGGAGAUCUAAUAUGUAGUAAGAUGGAUACACCUUUAACGCAAUUAUUUAAAGAUUUGGCUAUUUUUGAUGGAGAGCGAGUUAUUUUAGAAUAUUCUGAUAAUGUACCUGAUAAUGUAAUAGAUCCAUCUUUAUAUAAAUAAGUAUUAUAUAUAUAAAACUUUUGUUAUAAUGAAAUUUGAAAUUCAAUUUGAAAAUAACAGAUAAUAAUCCACUAACUGCAUAAAUAUCGAAAUACAGUGUACUUUAUGCUACUUAUGAUAUAUAGGAUUUAAUUAUAUAAUUUGAUUUAUCCAUAAUGGCUAAAAAACACAGUUCUUAGAAUAAUACUUGUUUAUUACAAACUAGAAGGUUUUAUAUCAGUUUUACAUUUAUUCUUGACAAAGAGACACUUAAAUGCGUUAAAUAAAUCAUUUAUACCAGA